UCUUGAGUAAAUUUCGUGUUCCGUUCACUCUAACUUAAAAUCAUGUCUGGUCGCGGUAAAGGUGGUAAAGUAAAGGGAAAGUCAAAGACUCGUUCAAGUCGUGCUGGACUUCAGUUCCCAGUGGGUCGUAUUCAUCGUAUGCUGCGCAAAGGUAACUACGCAGAACGUGUCGGAGCUGGUGCUCCAGUGUACUUAGCAGCUGUUAUGGAAUACCUUGCUGCUGAAGUACUCGAGUUGGCAGGUAACGCUGCUCGUGAUAACAAGAAGACCCGUAUCAUUCCACGUCAUCUCCAACUGGCCAUCCGUAACGAUGAAGAAUUAAAUAAACUUCUUUCUGGAGUUACUAUCGCUCAAGGUGGAGUCCUGCCCAACAUCCAAGCUGUCUUAUUGCCCAAGAAAACCGAAAAAAGCAGCUCAUAAAUCGCUUUCGCAUCUCCAUAUAAACAAAACGGCCCUUUUCAGGGCCACCAAAUUUAUUAAAACGAAAGUUAUCUUUUUCAAGUUUUAUCUCUAACCUGGCGGUUCUGAAUCACCCUGGGAGUGGA